UGACAGCCGUGAAACGUCAACAGUGGUGUUGUCAAAAUGGCGGGACAGGACCACCAGCACCACUUCUCCCUGUGUUUCUGCGACCUAAUGAGGUUGCUGUGGUCCCUGGUUGUGCCCUGCGCCUACCUCAGCCUGUUCCUGACCCUGGUCCUGCUGCUGCUCCUGCUGGGGCUUCGCAUGUGGAUGCAGGGCCGCCGCAAGGCCCGCCGGGCUCGGGACGGCGGCCCGGCGGUGGCUUUCUUCCACCCGUACUGCAGCGCCGGAGGAGGCGGGGAGCGGGUCCUGUGGUGCUCCCUGAGGGCCCUCAUGCACCGAUACCCCGGCGUCUCCUUCGUGGUUUACACGGGCGACCGGGGAGUGACCGGUGAGCAGAUUCUGGAGGGAGCGCGACAGCGUUUCAACAUCACGCUGCCUCGACCGGUCACCUUCAUCUUCCUGCGUCACCGCGUGCUGGUGGAGGCCACCUCUUACCCUCACUUCACCCUGCUGGGCCAGAGCGCCGGCUCCAUGUUCCUCGGCUGGGAGGCUCUGACGGCCUUUGUUCCUGACCUAUACGUGGACUCGAUGGGCUACGCCUUCACCCUGCCAAUCUUCCGCUACCUGGGAGGCUGUACGGUGGCGAGCUACGUCCACUACCCUACCGUCAGUACCGACAUGUUGUCUGUGGUCAGAGAGAGAAACCCCAGGUUCAACAAUGCUGACUUCAUCUCCAGAAACCCCCUGCUGAGUGCGGUGAAGGUGGUGUACUACUGCUGCUUUGCUCUGCUGUACGGCCUGGCCGGCUCUUGCAGCGACGUCAUCAUGGUGAACUCCACCUGGACGCUGGGACACAUCCUGGCUCUGUGGCGCUCCCCGAGCCGCACCAGCAUCGUCUACCCACCCUGCGACGUCAGGGCCUUCCUGGACGUCCCGCUGGAGGAGGAGGACGAGGAUGAGACGGAGGAGGGCUGGGAGGAGCUCGGGCGGGAGCUGGGGAGCGGCGAGGAAGAGGGGGGAGGAGGAGGAGGAGGAGGAGGAGGGGACAGGAAGUGCCGCUCCAUCGUGUCGGUAGGUCAGUUCAGGCCGGAGAAGGACCACCGGCUCCAGAUUCGGGCAUUUCGCAAACUGUUGGACAGGAAAGGGGCGGGGCCCGGGGGGCAAGAGUCGCUGCGGCUGGUGCUGGUUGGCGGAUGCAGGAACCAGGAAGACGAGGAGAGGGUGCUGAUGCUGCGGGGGCUCUGUCAGGAGCUGGGGGUGUCAGACCAAGUCGACUUCAAACUGAACAUCCCGUUUGAGGAGCUGAAGAGGGAGCUGGUGGACGCCACCGUCGGUCUGCACACCAUGUGGAACGAGCACUUUGGCAUAGGUGUGGUGGAGUGCAUGGCUGCAGGCACCAUUGUUCUCGCCCAUAAGUCCGGAGGUCCAAAGCUGGACAUUGUGGUGCCGUACGAGGGCGGACAGACGGGCUUCCUGGCUGACAGCGAGGACAGCUACGCCGCUGCCAUGGACACCAUCCUGGCGCUGUCGCCAGCAGCUAGACUGGAGAUCCGACGAAACGCCCGGCGCUCCGUGGAACGAUUCUCCGACCAGGAGUUUGAGGCCUGUUUCCUCGCCGCCACGGAGUCUCUGAUGAGUAAACUGGAGCGAUGAGGAAGAACAGACGAGGCCUGCUGUCCAACAGGGACCGGGACUUUAUUUGUUGUGCUUUUUUGUUUCUGGGUUGAAGCGGCGAGGGUCGUAUCUGUGAUUAAAACAAGCCGAGCUUCCAACAUUGUUAGUAAACUGUGACACGGUGUCAUUCCCAAUCAAAAAUAAUGGAAAACGAAGCCGACGUUGUAAAGAGAAGUGUCUGGCUAAAAUUGCCAACUGCGGUGAAUAAGCAAAAAACAAAACAAGUGACUUUGCAUGUGUCAGGCUUAUAUGUGAGGUGUUCGGUUUUCACUUUGAUGACAGGAGAGCUCGAAGCAUGACGACCAAAAAGACAGAAACACGGAGGAGCGACAAAGGUGAAGUUUUGCUCUUUCCAGUGCGGAAUGGAACUGGUAUCAGUAGAUCUCUGUGAUGUUUUGCUCACCAGGGGUGGAACCUUGACCGUCUGACCUCCAACAGAGAGCUCGUCCACCAAGACGCCAUCGACGGGGCCGAUCAUCUUGCGAUGGAAAAGCACAUCACGCAGUUUAAUCGCUCAGUGUUAUCUGCUGUUGUGACACUGGGUAACAGCCUGUCAGAAACCUCGAGGGUCAGACCUUUAAUUACAUUCCAAGCUCUGAGGUUCAGCUUUUCAUCUACCACCACUGCCAGACACACAAUCUUGGCUGUUGUGGAGUGGAGCUGCAGCCAUUAGUCGGUUAAUUGAUUAAAAUUCAUCGAUUCAUCGUUUAAGUCAAGCAAAGAUAUCAGACAUUCGAUGGUUCCAGCUUCUCAAAUGAGAGAAUGAGUUGCUUUUCUUGGUCUUACGUCAUAAUAAAUCGAACCCUUUUGAGGUUUAAACUGUUGGUCGGACAAAUAAUGGCAUCACCUUGUGUUCAGUGAUAUUAUGAUUGGCAAUUUUCACUGUGUUCUGACGUUAAAGAGACCAAACGAUUAAUCGAGAAAAUAAUUAACAGAUUUAUCGAUAAUGAAUGUUGCAGCCUCGGUGUGGAGGUGAUUUUCAAAGAGUUAUUAGUGACGUGAUUUUGAUGAUCGUGAAGGGGUUUGAAAUGGUAUUUUUCUGUGUUGAAGAAGUGAGUUGAAUGAAGACUUUUCUGUGUAUAUUGAAGAAGCACUUAAAACCGUGUUGUUGGUUAAGAUGAUGGCCAAGUCUCUCUUACUUAAAUGUUGUUUCACUUCCUGCAUUCCUGUUUGUGAUGAGUUCCAGGCAUGGAAAUAUAAUAAUGUAUGAAAUACCGAAACAAUCUUUAUAAUGAAAGAAGCAUUACUGCUACUUAAGUCUGUCCAUGUAGAGAGGAUGUUCUGAGCUUGUUUCACUGAGAAACUUUAAUAAUGCUUCAAUACUGCAAUAAAUGCAAUCAACAAACA